AGAGAGAGAGAGAGAGAGAAGGGGCUUUUGUUGGGGGGUUUUUCUUGAGUCCGAAACUGGAAGAAAAAAAAGUCGAAUUUUCAGAAAUCCAAAACAGAAUACCAUUUGCAUAUUUGAACCUCUUUUAUCUGUUAAUUGAGGUACAAACAAUUGGAUAUCGCCAACCAUGAGAGAUGUCCAGCACCAGCACCAUGUCUGUUCUGUACCGAGUCCAAACGGUGUCGUUUCCAGUGAAGAACGCGUGUGCCCAUUGCCGUCAUCAUCGCCAUUGCCAACGUCGAGCCCUGAACCAGCUUUCAUCAGCGAUGAAUCUUGGGAUACAGCGGAGACGACGAUCCAAGAGAUAGUUUUCACGAUUCAGCCCACUCUAAUGGCGGACCAGAAAAGACAGGACAUUGUUGAAUAUGUACAGAGACUUAUUGGAUAUUGCACUGGAUGUGAGGUUUUCCCUUAUGGGUCAGUUCCAUUAAGAACCUAUCUUCCUGAUGGAGACAUUGAUUUGAGUGUCUUUACCUUUGCAAAUGCUGACGAUGGCUUGGUUUCUGAUGUGUAUAAUGUUCUGAGAGGAGAAGAGCACAAUGAAGCUUCUCAUUACAAUGUGAAGGACGUCCAUUGCAUUCAUGCUGAGGUUAAGCUGGUGAAGUGCAUUGUAGAGGACAUAGUUGUAGAUAUAUCCUUCAAUCAGUUAGGAGGACUUGGUACUCUGUGUUUCCUUGAACAGGUUGAUCGCCUCACUGGCAAAGAUCAUCUUUUCAAACGCAGCAUCAUUCUUAUAAAAGCAUGGUGCUACUACGAGAGUCGUAUUCUCGGUGCCCACCAUGGUUUGAUUUCAACCUAUGCUCUGGAGACAUUAGUCCUCUACAUCUUCCAUCGGUUUCAUACUUCUCUCAAAGGCCCUUUAUGUGUGCUGUACACUUUUUUGGAUUACUUCAGCAAAUUUGAUUGGGAUAAUUAUUGUGUAAGUUUAAAGGGACCAGUAUGCAUAUCCUCCCUGCCUGAUAUAACAGCUGAGUUACUGAAAAAGGAGAAGGAUGAUCUACUGCUAAGUGAAAAUUUCCUCAAAAGUUGCCAGGACAUGUUUUCUGUCUCAUUCGAUGGCUUUGAGACAACCCUGCGAGCAUUUCCACUUAAGCAUCUUAAUAUAAUUGAUCCACUUAGAGAAAACAACAAUCUCGGACGCAGUGUUAGCAGAGGUAACUUUUAUCGAAUAUGCAGUGCUUUUAAGUUAGGGGCUCGCAAGCUGGGGUGGAUUCUUUUGUUGCCUAGAGAAAGAAUAUCAGUAGAGCUCAAGAAGUUUUUUGCUAACACUGUGGAUGGGCAUGGAAACAAUAGUUGGAAAAAUGUGCUACAUUCGACCCAAGCUUCUGGUGUUAAAUGUUUUAAAUGUCUAUCUUAUCCAUCACGUCCAGAAACAUUUCCUGAACAAAAAGUUUUUGUAGAACCAGCUGUAGCUUUUGGGACGCAAGCAAUUAAAGUUGCGUCUGACCUCAAAAACAAAGUGAAGAGACACUUAUUAAAAGAGGUUGCCUCUCAUGUUGUGCCGGAAUUCAGUUGUUGUCUUGGUGAAGAUGUCAAAAGGCCAGAAGCUUCUGGAAUAUUACAUACAAGAUUAAAAAAUGGCUCCACUGGUUAUGCUGUUGGGAAUAGGUUCUUGAGAACGUUAAUCCCGGUGCGUUCUUACCAAGCACAACAUUCUUAUACAUUUGGAAAGCAAAAUGGAAAUGGAAAGGUAGAUAGCUGGAGCCCUUCUGAUGAAGAACUCGCCGAAUAUUCUGCUCUUAUUGAUGAGAUGAGUUUGGAUUGUCCACUGGAGCACAAAGAGAAACACUUAGUCUUUAAGGAUGCCGUCUGCUCAUGUAUUAAACAUGCGGAUAUGGAAUUUACUGAUUCACUAGUCCUUGAUGAUGUUGUUAAUGUCUCAAAAAACGUGGAUCACAUAGAAAAAGAUGUUGCUGGCCUAUUUGGUAGCUAUCAAACUUUUAAGUUCUUGUUGAACCUUCGUGGGGAUUAUACAAGUCACUUUAGGAACCUGCAAUAUGGUCAGUUUUGCCAUGUCUAUUCCAUGUCACCACCUACGUUAUGCAGCCCGCCCUUGUCACUUCUGUCACAGAGCAAGAAGGUAAGGGAACCUGUUCAUGAAUCCUCAGCAUUCGUGCACCAUGUUAAUCCCCAAAGUAAUAGAUGUGGUGUUUCUACGGGACCACAUUGCUACCCUGCAAAUAGCUUCAGUUUUCCUUGUGUUGCUUUUGGAGAAGAAAACAAAAAAAGACAUGGAACAGGAACAUACUUCCCAAAUAUGAUCUGUCGUCCUUAUCAGAAUACGCGUUUUUCUGAGACGGCGAGGAAUCUAGCUCUUAGAGGACAUGUGCCAUUGCAGAGAGAUACUUGCACCAAUGGCAUGGAUGCAGCCCCACCUGAGUUAAGCGCAUCUGCUGAAUGCAGGCCUGAAGUUGAAUACCCAAUUCUAGGCAGUGGAAAGCCCGGAUCAUCAGAUUACUACCAAUCUAAUCUUUCAGUUUGGGAGUCUUUCCAUUCCAAUUCUUUCCACUGCCCAUCCCAGAAACUUGAGCAUGAGUCUCCACGCCCCCAAAAGAGUUGUGCAACACCCUUGCCAGAGUUGGAUGAUGGCGCCUUUCCCCGUCAUGGACCUGCUUCAGCUCCCAUUGCAUCUCCCAAGCAGAACUGCAGAACCUUCUCGAAUAGUGAUCCGGAAAGGGUUAAACCACAGGUAUAUCAUCUGAAAAACGAAGAUGAUUUUCCCCCUCUUUCCAUUUGAGCACCGUAGAAGGAUGGUCGAUACUUGGAAGAAUUAAGCGACUGAUAUUAGCUCUAGAUGCUAACAUGGUAGCUUGUUGUUCUAUGUGAUAAAGAAUGUAUGAAAAAAGAGGGUAUACUGUACAUUCCUUUCCAUUGUUCCAUUUUCAAGAUAGAACCUAAUUUUGCAGCUUUCAUAGUGUUAGGUAACAUGUACAUAGUACUGAUGGGCGCACCCAAAUGUGCUCCAGUUUUCAAGUUUGUAGUUCCAAGCAUCCGAUCUAGAAAGAGAAGCUUUAUUAUUUAGCACUUUUUGGAAUGUGUAGAUGUUGCAAUGAAAGAUUUUGAUUAGUUGCACCAUUUGGGAAGUCUUAUUUUUUUGUAUUUUUUAUGCAUGGAUGUACUAUACUAU